UCGAAUCGCGUGGUGGACGCCACGUCGUCGUCGUUCGGGGUUCUCCGAUUUCUCGGUUUUCGCCGGUCACGAGUUUACGAGCUUAGUGGGUGGUGGGCACAUAUAUAUAGUACAAUAUAUCACCCUCCCCCCGAAAACUGCCUAUGCAAAUAUGUGCAUGCAUGCUGAAACAUAAAUUAAAUCGAAUUAAAUCCGUACAAGAUUCAAACUAAAGUCGAAAUAUUACAAUAAUUGGCCAUUUGUGUGCGUGUGUGACAUCUGCUGUGAGAAUCCAAUUUCCGUUUUUCCGGUUUCUCUUUUUGGUCGCCCCAAAAAUGUAAUUAAGCCGAUUUUUCAAGUUCAGAAGCUAAGAGUCUUGAUGGCAAAUAAAAAAAAAGGAUGGCCAACGAAUUUAGCAAGGAUCAACAGCAAUUUAAUUAAACCACAACAAAAUUCACUUGAUUGCAAAAUAUGAAUUCGCAAAAAAACAUCAGCACACAUUGUUGAUGUUGAAAUUCCUUACUUGCAUAAAAUAUGAAAUUCAUAACAUUUUAAUAUUGCCAUUUGCGUUAAUUAAACCAUGAGCAAUUCGAAAGAGCAGCUCGCUUAAAAAUGCACACUGCCAAGUGCCGUCGUUCGAGCAUGUCGUGCACCAAGGACUUCGCAGGACUCGCCGGCUGCUCGGCGCUGGCUUUUGUCCUGUACCUAAACACACUUAACGCUGGAUUUGUCUACGAUGACAGGCGCGCCAUCUUGGCAAAUGGCGAUGUGACGGGAGUUCGUCCAUUGUCCCAUCUUCUGCGCAACGACUUUUGGGGCACCCAGCUGGUGGACAGUGGAUCCCACGGCUCCUGGCGACCACUGUGCGUUCUCAGCUUCCGGCUGAAUUUCCUGGCGGGCGGACUGACGGCCAUGGGCUAUCACCUGGUCAACGUGUUGCUCCACUGUCUGGCCACGUGGCUGGUGAUCCUGGUGGGGCGAACGCUGCUGCCCACUCGAGUGGGAGUCAUGGCCGCAGGCGCCCUCUUCGCCGCCCAUCCCGCCCACUCGGAGGCGGUGGCUGGAUUGGUGGGCAGGGCCGAUUUGGCCGCCUGUGUUUGUUACCUUCUUGCCUACCUCACCUACCGCCGUCACAUGCUGAAUCGGGAAUGGGGAUCUCUAAUUCUCACCAUUAUCCUGGCGAUGGCAGCACUUCUCUGCAAGGAGACGGCCAUUACGGCGCUGCUCCUCUGCGGACUGUGCGAUGUGCUCUACGCAGUUGGACAAGCCAAUAGUGAUAAGCGCCGCAUUCGUUCGCUCUCCAUUCUGGGUGUUACCCUACUGUGUGCCCUCUACUGCCGCCUUAGUCUUCUGCCACGCCCCUCCGCCUCCUUUUCGUCCGCCGACAAUCCGACGGCCCAUGAACCGUGCUUUUGGACAAGGACACUCACUUUUCUGUACCUGCCGGUUGCCAACUUGCGACUGCUCCUUUGGCCACAGGAGCUGAGUUUCGACUGGGGCAUGGAGGCAGUGCCGCGGAUCAGAACGCUUUGGGAUGCCAGAAACAUCCUGAGCAUUGGCUUCUAUGGAUCGCUAUUUGGUGUGCUGUGGAGAAGCUCCGGCCUGCGCCAUUCAGCCACCACGAUGGAUUUUGCGGAGAUGGCGAACAUUUCGCUGCCGCUUUUGAGGCGAUUGGGUGGCAAUAGCUGCCACAACUGGCUGGGCCUCACCUGCGAUUGCCACCACCAGCUAUCCCAAACUAUCAGCUAUCGUUCCCCGUACUCCACUUCCCCGAAAAGCUCCUUUUGGCCAGCUCCCCUGAUGGCCAUCGCAUUUCUGGUCUUGCCAUUUCUGCCCGCCAGCAAUCUGCUCUUCUACGUGGGAUUCGUAAUGGCCGAAAGGGUGCUCUAUCUGCCCAGUGUGGGCUACUGUCUGCUCUUUGGCCUCGGUUUCGGCAGUCUCUGGGGGAGGAUCCAAGGCUCCAGGCGAUCCAGGGUGAUGGUUCUCUGCGGAUUGGGGCUACUCCUGGGCGUCCAUGGAAUUCGCACCUUCAGACGCAACUUGGAUUGGCGGGAUGAGGAGCAGCUAUUUCGCAGUGCCAUCAGCGUGAAUCCACCAAAGGCGUUGGCCAAUCUGGGCAGUGUUCUGAGUGCCCAGGGAAAAUACGAGGAGGCCGAAGUGGCUCUGAGGCUGGCCCUUGGACAUCGACCCUCAAUGGCCGAUGCGCACUUUAAUCUGGGCGUGGUGCACCAGAAGCAACUAAACUUCAGCUCAGCUGUGCCAUGCUAUCGCAGGGCCAUCGAACUGCGUCCCCAACUGGCGGUGGCAUAUUUGAAUCUGGGCAUUUCCCUGAUGUCCCUGGGCGACCACCGCCAAGAAGCCAUCUCGGUGCUGCGGAUUGGAGCUCGUAUGGAGGGACAUGGGGUGCGGGAUCGAGGGGCCCACGAGGAGGCUCGCUGCACCUGCUACCUGCAACUGAGUGGCCUUUACCGCUCCGAAGGAAGACUGCAGGAAGCUGCAUCGAUUCUGGACGAAUCCCUAAAAGCUCUGGCUUUGCUGCCUCAAAAGCAGAGGGCAGUGCUGCACCUGCGUCUCGGGGAAAUCCAUGCGGAGCUGCAGGAUUGGGAUGAGGCCGAGCAUCAGCAGAGAUUGGCCCUGGAACUCCAGCCGGAACAAGGAGCAGUCUACGUGACCCAUGGCCAAACACUGGCUAGAAAUGGCAGUCGCCUGGCUGAGGCCGAGUCCUGGUUCAAAAGAGCCCUGCAGCUGGCGCCUCUGGAGGUCAGUUCCCAUCACCAUUAUGCUGAUUUUCUAGAGCAACAGGAUCGCCAUCAUGAGGCACUCAGCCUUCGUUUGCGAGCCGCUGCCUUGGCGCCCCACGAUUACACCCUGCAAUCCUGUGUAGCGGAUGCACUGCGUCUCCUAAACCGCCUGGCCGAAGCGGAGCUGUGGUAUAGAAAGGCAGUUACUCUGCAACCGCUGGCAGCUCAUGCUCAUGCCAAUUUGGGAGCCAUCCUGCAGAUGCGUGGCCUUCGAAAGGAUGCUGUGGAAUGCUAUCACCGAGCCUUGGAACUGCAGCCAGGACAUGCCAUCAGCAGAGCCAAUCUGGCCAAGAUGAAUCUGCAUUUGGACACCAAUGAAUGAGAAACCAAUAGAUACACUUGUUAAGGAUAUACAUAGGCUUAAAUAAAUUGUAGAUAGCAGAGAGAGAUUAUCAAAUGAUUGACAGCAAUGCCAAUAUAUUUUUUAAAAAUAAAUUUAUAAUCAUUGAAUUAA